CCGGCCCGCCCUGCCGCCUCUACGUGCGCGCCGCCCCCGGGCGGUAGCAGCGGCUCAGGCCUCGGCGCGGCCUGCUGCUUGCUCCGCUGCGGCGGCCGCAGCGCUCAGGUUUUCACAAAUACCUCAUCUCACAUCAGCCCUGGCAGGAAGUGUCUCUGUUAUAGCUGAGACGAGGACAAGUCUCCGCCUGUGCUCAGCGCCUCAGCGAUGUUCAUAAAGCCUGUAAUGCGGGCGAGAGGGGCUUGGAGAGAUCGCCCGAUCCUUUUGUCUGCACCAGGAAUACCUGCGCUGACAUUCUGAAAACUCAGAUAAGCGGGGUUCUGCCUGGGCAUAAUCCAGUUUCAAGCUUGGUGCCGUUACUUUUGCGCUGCUUCCUCGCUAAUCAGUCUUGUCAGAGUUCCUCCUGAAUGGUUUUCUUGGAUUUCAUUGUGUAAUUACAAAGCCCGAAGCGCAAAACGGCCAUACAAGCAGAUACACAAUGGCUUCAGGAACAGCGUUGAUUUAUGAUGAGGAAAUGACCACUCAUAAACUACUUUGGAAUGAUCCCAUUUGUGAUAUUGAAGUGCCAGAAAGACUGUCAUCCUCUUACGAGCAGCUUAAAUGUUACCAUCUUGUGGAAAGAUGUGUCCGUGUGCCUGCCAGAGAAGGAAGCGAGGAGGAGAUCCUGUUGGUUCACAGUCCAGAACACUUGGAAGUUGCAAAAAGCACCCAGACAAUGGAUGAAGAGGAACUGAAAAGAGUCUCUGCGAAUUAUGAUGCUUUUUUCUUUCAUCCGAGCACUUACCGCUGUGCCAGACUAGCAGUUGGAGCAAGCUUGCAGCUGGUAGACUCUGUGAUGUCAGGAAAAGUAUGCAAUGGAAUGGCAUUAGUAAGGCCUCCAGGUCACCACAGCCAGAGGAGUGCAGCUAAUGGGUUCUGUUUAUUCAACAAUGUUGCUAUUGCAGCAGAAUAUGCAAAAAGAAAAUACGGUCUACAGAGAAUCCUAAUUGUUGACUGGGAUGUGCACCACGGGCAAGGAACUCAAUAUAUAUUUGAAGAGGAUCCAAGUGUUUUGUAUUUUUCCUGGCAUCGUUAUGAACAUCAGAAAUUCUGGCCGUCACUCAAGGAAUCUGAUUAUGAUGCUGUAGGUUUGGGAAGAGGAAAAGGGAGUAAUAUAAAUUUGCCUUGGAAUAAGGUUGGCAUGGGAAAUUCAGAUUAUCUUGCAGCUUUUUUUCAUGUCUUGCUUCCAAUGGCUUUUGAGUUUGAUCCUGAACUGGUUCUUGUAUCUUCUGGAUAUGAUUCAGGAAUUGGAGACCCUGAAGGUCAGAUGAAUGCCACUCCUGAUGUUUUUGCCCACCUUACCCACUUCCUGAUGCAGCUAGCUAAUGGAAAGCUGUGUGUUAUUCUGGAGGGUGGAUACCAUUUGAAGUCAUUGUCUGAAUCAGUCUGCAUGACUGUAAAAACUUUGCUUGGAGAUCCUGUACCUCAAAUAAGUGGAGAAAUGGCACCUUGCCUAAGUGCUAUUGAAUCUAUUCAAAAUGUGAGAGCAGCACAUAAACCCUACUGGAAAUGUUUGAUGUAUGAAGACACAUCUUUUUUACAAAAUCUGAGCACCAAAUCACACCUACUAGAGAAGGCUAAUACAAAUCCUUCCACAGAACAUGAAUCUAAGAUAACCAGCAAAGAUGAAAUGGUCAAAGUAGAAAGGUUUUUGGAAUUGCACAUGAAAAAUAUUCUAUUUCCAGUGCCUCCCAUCAAAACAGCAGCAACAAUUGAGUCUAAAGCCUCAGCACAUUUGCUCCCGCUGUCCAUACGUGUGGUGAAGGAAAUGGACAUGAAUGAAGUUAAAGCUCUUGUCAGUGCCUUUUAUGCAGACCUUGUGAAAGAGGAGGAAACUUUGCUUUCUCUUGGGAGUAUGUUGGCCGUCCUAGAUAAAAUACUUACGAAACAGGUGUGCACUGGAAUUGCAGAAUCACCCACAGCUUCUGUUUCUGUUGCUGUUGCACUAAGACAUUCUGUUCGUUUCGGAUUUCAAAGAGUGCUCUGCAUAUUUGUUGGAGACAGGGAAAUCAUACCAAACACGGAAGAUGGAAGAAUACUCAUGAUACAUGUUUGUGAGAAACAACAAUCUGAAAAGACCAACUCUAAACACUAUAUUUCACUGAACUGGAAGGAGGGUGCCGAAGGAAAUGACUUCUUUUCUGCUGUAUUUGGAUUCAUUCUUCCUGUAGCAUAUAGUUAUCAAGCCAACUUAACAGUAAUAGCUGUUGGACCAAACAAGAGCCUUGGAAUAAAUGAGAUUUCUUUACUUUUUGGUUUACUACGAGGAUUAGCUGAGUCUCGAAUUCUUGCAGUGAUUGAGAACACAGAGAUAAAUCUAAUGCAAAGUGUAGCUAAAGCUUUAGUGGGUGAUCCUACACCUGACUUCGGAGUCUAUGCACCUCCUACCCAAGAAAAAGUACAUAAAAUAAAAAUAUUAAGAGACCAACUUCAGCAGGAAUGGAAGAUGCUUCAGUGUUCAGUGAAGAAUGGGAUUUCAGGAAAUUGACUUCACUUCAGAAUCAUUUUACACAGCAGCAGCAGAAGAAAAUGCAUUGCUGUUUGGUUUGCUUUCUAAAUCAUCAAGAAAAGGAUAGUCAAUCUGUAGCCAGAACAAGAGCCAUUAACAAUUGCUUCAUCUUUUUAAAAUGUAAAAUCCAUAUUUUCAUCUCUGUAUCUAAGGAAUUGUACAUGCAAAUUCUAUAUUGGCACCAAUUAUGCAAGACUGACUCUUGAAAACCUACUCCUGUACCUUCCUCAUUGCAUAUUGGGACCAAUGUUACUUGUGACUGUGAAGUCAGGAUUGUAUAUGCAGUAGCUUGACUACAUGAAAGCAGAAGUAGUCUAGAAGAUAGGAGUCUGUAAUGGGCAAUAAUAAUAUCCAAAAUAUUUUUAAAUUGUUCAACAUAAUAUCGAAAUGCUUGCCCUACUGCCACCACUACUCUUUUAAUGAGAGUUUAAACUUAACGGCAGAUCCCUCAGCCUAAUGAAAUGUUUUUUCUGAUUUAAUGGAUUCUUCUAACAUGGACUUUUCUCUUAAUUUUUCUGAUAAAUAAUUGUCUGGUUAAGUACUUGCAGGAAGUUAAGAAAAAAAACAGUGAACAGCUGUAAUAUUUGUAUUUCCUAAAUCUCACCUGAGUGGUUGAGAUUAAAUUCAGUUUCCUGAACUAUACAGGACAUAAGAGAGGAAAAAGAUAAAAAUAUUUUGCAUACAUAUAAAUUACAAAUAUAUAAUUGAAUAAAGCAAUGAAAAGAUUAAAAUAACAUAUAUGCAAGAGAGA